UGAUGCCCUACAAGGCUGAGGUGGAAUAUCGCUGCAAGCGUGGAUAUUACUUUGAGGAGGGCGAUACCAAGCGCAUCGCAAUCGUAAAGUGCCAGAGUAACGCGACAUGGCAACGGAUCCAACCCUGCAAACAAUUCACUCCGGAUAUGGUUUGCUCCACGCCAGAAUUCGGCACAAUAUUCUAUCAGGUGCACACGGCAUUGAAUGAAACAUUCUUUCCCGGAGAAAAAGUGAAGUAUAGCUGUGCAGUUGGCUACACUUUCGGAUCUGAAGCUCUGCAGAAGCGGAAGGCCGUCAGGUCCUGCACGACAAACUCUACCUGGUCACCUUUGCUGCCAUGCUAUGGAUAUAAAUGCCCAGCACCGAGGUAUAACGUGACAACCACUGAAAUAUUGUCCAAGCCGGGUCCAGUGCCGCACAAUACUGAAGUGAAAUAUCGCUGUAAACACGGGUACUACUUCGAGAGCACCACAAAGCGCAUUGCAAUCAUGAAGUGCCGAUAUAUUGCCACCUGGCAGCAGAUGCAACCCUGCCAACCAAUCCCUCCAGGAAAGGCUUGCCCUGCUCCCGAUUUCGCCUCAACUCUAUAUCUAGCACACACCGAUUUGAAGCAAGCAUUCUUCUUCCAUGAUAGGGUAAAGUACAGCUGCAAGGAUGGCUACGAGUUCAAGACCGUUGAUCCACAGAGGCGAAAGGCAGCCAUCUUCUGUACGAGAAACUCGACUUGGUCACAUUUCGAAUCUUGCUAUUCAUCUAAUGAGGACGUGAAGGAGACCAGUCAGGUGCCCGCGAUUGUAAUACCAUUAGCUGCAACUGCGGCCUCGGGCAUCGCUCUUGUUACCAUCGUUCUACUAAUUCGCGACCACAGGAAGAAGAGUAACCCACACGCAACACAACCCCAGAGCUAACUGACUGCAAGCGGAUGCGGUGAUGCGAAUUUGCGGGAGACCAACAUCAACGAUGAAGGCGAGUGUGUGGGCGAUGUACACAUGACUUUUAGCAGUGCCUCCACUGCAGCAACAGCUACGGAAGGUAGUACAGAGGAUGCUAAGACCACCACCGCAACGCCGGAAGUGGCUAGGACAAGUAUCCGAGAGUGAUUGUUACACAGAGCACCGGGAUGGAAAGUCCCGACCAAUACCAACCGCUGCACAUGUCUACGCAGUCAAGGCUACUCUACCUGGUAUCUAUAGGGCACUGGUCGAUAACGACACCAUUGAUGUACUUGAAAUACAUGUGCCACAGUGGAGGUUUUCUAAUCAUGUUUUUAAAUCUGUUAAAUUAUUAAAGGCGUCGAGAUUAGGUCCUUGUGCGUUCCGGCUGUGGAGUUUAGUCCCACUCAUUCAAUGCACAUCACUGUGUAUGACAUCAAGAACUUCAACGUUUGGUUGAGUGUUUGGUAAGUUGCGCAAGACACCUGUUCAUUUCAUUGGCUUUUCAUUGCGUGUAUUCUUCUUAUUCACGUGGGUGGCUUCCGAAACAUUCCACACUGCCUGUCCUGGCUUGCGCUUUCAUUAUCAAUCCAGAUAUGUAUCAACAUGCUCUGAUUUGCUUCAGUUCUGUGCUUGUGUAGUUCAUGCCUUCUCCCAUAUUCUUCAAAGAAUAUCCGUUUUACUGCGAAG